ACAAAAGCAGCAAAUCUCCAGUGGAGUGGACGCACACAACUCCUGCUGCAGCGGCACGAACACUUCAGCCACUGCUGCUGCUCCACGGCCACAGAGAAGGAGACAGAGUUUGGUUCUUAUUUUGCUGAGUUUGGAUCAGAGGAAACGUUUUCAAAUGAAGGAUUUAGUCACGUGCACCUCAGCAACUUUGAAGAGUGAGAGGAUGAAGGUGACAUAAGUUUGCGCAGAGUUUCUCGCAGUAACUUCAUCUCCAUGAAGAGCGUGUGAGCUAAAAUAACCCGGGCUGACGCAGUUUAAGACCGUUCACGGUGUUAAAAGUCCACAGGACGCGGGUUCGGGGGGGGGGGAAAGCGUCCAGCUCACUUGCAGCGGCUCGCCGGGAUGGUGCGCCUGCUGAGCUGCCUGCUGCUCGGUUAUCUGACCUGGAAUCUGCGGAUAUCGGACGCGCAGGGAGAAUACUGCCACGGCUGGCUGGACACGAAUGGGAAUUAUCACGAGGGCUUCCAGUGUCCGGAGGACUUUGACACCAUGGACGCGACCGUGUGCUGCGGCUCCUGCGCGCUGCGCUACUGCUGCGCCGCCGCGGACGCACGACUGGACCAGGGAAGCUGCACCAACGACAGGGAGGUGGAGAACACGGAGUUUGCUGCGCAGCCCAUCUACGUGCCCUUCCUGAUGGUGGGAAGCAUCUUCAUCGCCUUCAUCGUGGUCGGCUCCCUGGUGGCCGUCUACUGCUGCACCUGCCUGAGGCCCAAGCAGCCGACGCAGCAGCCCAUCCGCUUCUCCCUGCGCAGCUGCCAGGGCGAGACCAUCCCCAUGAUCCUCACCACGGCUCCGCCGAGCCUCCGAGCCCCUUCGCGGCAGUCCAGCACGGCCACCACCAGCUCCAGCUCGGCCGGAGGAGGAAGCUCCAUGCGGAGGUUCUCUCUUGGGGGUCAGGUGCAGCAGCAGCAGCAGCAGCAGCACAGCUGCUUGGUGUCUGCCACCAUCUCCUCCUCGGCCUCCACACCCACACACAUGCCCCAGACUCUGCCUCCACCACCUCCUCCUCCCUACAUGUCCCCGCCGGCUGCCAUGUCAGCGGGCAUGCAGCACCCGCUGCCCCCCACGCAUGCACAGCUGCAGCUUCAUCAGCCGUCUCACCAGAGCGCCGGGUUCCUGUUGCCUCAGCAGUACUUCUUCCCCCUGCAGCCCGACGCCUUCGCUGCAGCAGCAGCAGCAGCCAAGGGCUUCGCCGACUUCGGCCAGAGCUGACAGUUCUCCCGUGAGAGGAAGUAGAGGGAUUUAUGACAUGUCUAGCUGGAGAGCGUGAGCUGGCGGAGGACGAACGCACCACCCGUGACACAGCCGGGUGGUGUUUGGGUGGAGACCGCAGCCGGCUGAGCGGACACGCAGCAGCUCGACAGCAGGACGAGCGAUUAAGUGCAACAAACGCGGCUGUGGUUGAACAUGUGGCCUGAAAACGUUUCCUGCUGCCUUCUGCAGCAGCUCGGAAACCCCUUCAGAGUUCAAACGCACCCAUUAGAGACACCAACAAUCUAACGCACUUUUAUAUCGUAUUGUAAACAGAAUUAUGGUGGUCUUUAUUUUGAAUCCACACCGUAUAAAUCUCGCCCAGUUUAUCACGUACCUUCCUUCAAAGACUCUGCUCACACGCGGUGAGAUUUUUACUGGGAAUCAGGGAAUUUUGUUGUGGGUUUUUUUUGACAAUCGCAAAAGUCCUGAUACACAACUAGGGCUGGGUAUUUAUUAAACAAAUCCAAUACAGUCACAAUAUGGACUUAAAUUCUUCAACCAUACAUUUGAGUAAAAUGGUUUAGUUUUAGCAGGCCUGGUCAACUUCCUGCUCUCAUAUUGUAUUUAUUCCGUGCACCGUCAACGUUCUCAUCUCCUCUGGUCUUAACUCCCUGCCCACGUUAGAUCUCAGUUACUGAGAUGGUGCUUAUUGGCUCCCUGAAGCUGAUGAGAUGUUCUCUUUUAGGUUCCGCAAAUCCGAUACCACCAUGAGAUCAUGGUUUUCGAGAUGAGGUAAAAACCCAGCCCUAAGUUCACACAUAAGUAGUGAAGUUACGUCAUUUACACGUGUAUAUAUACAACUGUAAGAGAUGUGGACUUUUAUAUAAUGUGGCACAAUUUAAAAAAAAAAUAAAAAUGUCUCUUU